AUGCCCAGAAAACCCACACCUGCGGCCAAGCAGCGGGUUAGGACUGGUUGCCUGACCUGUCGGAAAAGGAGAAGAAAAUGUGAUGAGCAGAAGCCUAGCUGUGCUAACUGCGAAGUUAAAGGCCUCUCGUGUAAAUACAGUUCUGGUUUAGCGUUUGUCCCGCAGCGUGAAGGGGGCGUUUCUGCUGGGUCGAGACAAGCGUAUAACAAUAUUACAUUUGUCGAUGCCUCGCCCCUUGCAGCAGCAAACAAGGAGAAACCAAAGGCUCCGCUGCAAGCUGCAGAUGAUUCUCAGAGUGACCGAAACACCGGUUACUCUUUAGACGAAUUGCAAUCUUCGGGUGAUGGCCCAGAUGACACCGGAGAUGCCCGCUGUGCUUUUGAAUUCCAAAACAUCCUGUCAUCCGCAGUUCCAAACGUCAACGUUUCUGAGCCUCCAAUCUCAUUUGCCAGUGAACGGAGUGCGCCGGGAACUCGAUACAUGAACAGUGCUCCAUACGUUGGAUACAGAUCUCUCACCAGCAAGAGAACAGUCGAACAACGAAUAGCCCUUGGAUGUGGCAAUCAUGAGACUGACUUGCUUCGACAUUUCCGCUACCAUGUCGGUCCUUGGAUUGAUACUGGAGACCCUGAGCUCCCAUUCGGACUGCAGGUCCUUCUGCUCUCACGAACUAACAGAGCUCUACAAGUCGCCGUCCUUGCCCUGGCUGCAGCUCAACGACUUCUGGUGGCAACCCCAACUAGCAAGGACCUGGAAAGUAGCCAGCAGUUCCGAAAGGAAGCAGAAGAGAGUCUAACGCUUGAAUAUGACUUAGCUAGAUAUGCUGGUCAUGCCCUCUUGAUGCUUCAAGAUGCUCUGCCUGCUGGGCCGCAGCAGUGGAGAAGCCUUUUGAUUCCCAGAAUAGAGCAUAUAAGUGACUUUGCGUCACGAGCAGUGGGAGAAGAGGUCGGGGACGCUUUGUUUUGGCUUUACUUUCGGUUUGAUCUCGCCGGCUCAAUAUCCUCUUCAAAGCCACCACUUAUGCCCUUCCCAUCAUUACUACGACGAGAUGGCACCUUAUUACACCACACCCAAUCCAUGCUGCCUCAGACCGUCAAUUCCGUAUAUAAGCACAUAUUGUGUCUUCUGGGACACUGCUUAACCCUGACACACGGUGAUCGAGAAAUGCCUUCUCCGCAUACAGUCACAUCACCAGAUCUGACAGCAUUCCCAUCUUUACGACAAUCGCACUCCUUAUCACAAUGGACUUUCCUCUGGUCAGACUGCCAGAAAUGGUACAACGAGCGACCAGUAAAUGUACAACAGAUCGUGGACAUCCGCGGAGGGGAAGCUGACCAAAUUGAUCCUGACCACGACUCCUCAUUUCCAAUUCUUAUCUUCACGACGCCAAUGGCGCUGGUCGCCAACGCUGUCUACCACAUGAUUUCUCUAUUAUUGCUUACACAUAAGCCGCGACUGUUGAAAUCACUGCCCGGACCAAGGUCCGUCACCUCGCAUAUCUGGCAUGCGCAGUCAAUCGCCGGGAUCGCAGCAAGUAAUGAUUCCCCCGAACAAUGGGAUCCGAUAUUGGUUGCAAGCCUUCUCACCAUUGCGAAGGAGAUGACACAUGAAUCCCAACAAGCGGUUCUACUAGAACGCUUUUCCAGAAUCACAGCCACAACAGGCAUCAAACUUGACCGCGAGACUAAUGCGCUUCAAGAGGCGUGGAAUCUGGCGCGAUACGAGGAGGAAUUCGAUGAUGAAGCUGACGCUAUGAUCUCAUAA